CCAAGAAGUCAAUGAGGAAAAAUUAAAAAUUUCGAAAAUAAAUCAAGUGUGACAAGAGAGAUUUGAAGAGAGAGAGAGAGAGAAAGCAAAAGAAAGCACAAAUACCGAAACGUAUAAUCUGAAAUCUAAAUUUCUAGUGACGCGUUUAAAAGUGCAGAAAAUGUGGCCAUCGCAGUCAAUCAAUUGAUUUUUCUUUUCGGCUAGAAGUUUGCUAAGGGGGAACUCCAAGAUAUUUGUAUCUCUUUUGGGGUCACAGGACAUUAAUAAUGCCAAGGCAGCGGGUUCGAAGAGUUCUAAAGGCAAAAACUACACAGAAAUGUUUAUCUGGGUAGCAAAACAAAUUGCCAAACGGAAGCCCAAAAACCAGAUCGUCGAAGCCCAGAAAAAAAGGAACAGGGUCAUAUGAUUGACAAUAGUUAAAUUGGGGGUUGCUAGUUCUGGCGUCAGGCGGGAAAAGUCGGAAGAGCCAGACAACAGACGCGGCGUCGCAAUAAUCAUAAAGGCAAUAACAACACGGCCAACGAAAUCAUAAAUUCAUGUGUCAGCGAUUCGGGCUUCCUAGGGGGUUAUCUGGUUUUCAAGGGGGCUUUCGCCUUUCUUGGGGGCUAAAGUCUCCCCUUGAUUAUUCAUUCAUGGGUCGUAAUUAGCCGAGUAGUUGCAGUUGCCUGAAUAAUUUGGCAGCCACAACGCAACUUGGCCAAUUAGGCGCUUAAAAGAUAUGUGUAUAUAUGUACCUGCAAACAGAGACAGGUGGGCAGCGCACACUUUUCGCUUGACUAAGGUCAAAAGUUGUCUCCCUCUCCAUAAAGAUGGUCCACCUUCCUCUCAUCUCACCCAAAAAAGAAAAUAAGAAAAAUAGAACCCAUCUGAACUUGAUGCUGUCGCUGAGACUGCCGACGCAUCGCGAGGCUAUGGCGGCUAUUUUUAACAAAAAAGCACGCCCGCACGGCCAAUAAAUUUACCCAGAAAAUGAAAAGCCAAAGAAAUGAAAAAGGAAAACCGAAAGAGAGAGAUCAGGAAAGUAGCAUAUAUGUAGGCAUCCGAGGCAUUCAUAUUAAUUAAACUUUGCAAGUCCAAAUCUACUUUGAAAACUUCAAAACUCAUUUCUUUCGGGGCGGAAUGUAGUUGUCAAAACGCACGCACAGCAGGAAAAACAAACCAGCGGGAGAGAGCAAAGUCCCAAAAAAGAGAGCCAGAGUUUUCCUAGCUAGAAUCACCAAGAGAGAGAGAGAGGGAGAGCGAGAACGACACACAGCGAGAGAGAGAGGCUUUUCCAGGAGGUUUGGGCCUUCCAAAAUAACACAUUCCUCGUACAAAGGAUUGGCUUCGCAUUGACAUUGGAAGCUUCUCGGUUUUCCGCUUUUCCUGCUGCUCGAGUUUGGAGUUUCUCCGACGCUUUCAGUUCGUGGCUAGACUUUGGAGCGUGCUGUGCUUGGAAAAACUGUGUGCGUGACCAGCGGAAAAUCGGAAAGCCCCCCGUCACCUCCUCCUCCUUAUACCGUACACACCGUACACACACACAGACACACUUUUACACCGCAUUUUCCACAGGCCAAAUGUGUAAUAAAAUCGAAACAAUGGAACAGCAAACAAAACAACAGAAAAUAUAAUACCGAAUUGAAGUUCAUUUGAAUUCGCGUGUGUCUGUGACAAAUAUUUUCCUAAAGAUAAUAAGAUAAAUGAAAAUUCCCCCCAAUACAAUCGGAAAAUGUAAAAUAUAUAUAUUCCUAUGCCAUAACAAAUAAACACAAAAUCAAAAACUUAAUCAACGCUUAAACAAAACCCCAAACUAAACCUAAACAAGACGCCAGUGAAGUUAAUACUCUUUAGUUGCUAUUGCCCCCACAAAAUGCUGCCAAACCACGCCUGAGCCUCAAUCUCAAUCUCAACCUGACAAAAGGGCCAGAACCAGAACACAACUGUGAUCAUAGACAUAACAACGAGAGAGUGGCGCAGAGGAGGAAGCCAAAGGACACCAGAGGACACCACAGAGCCACAGCCAAAGAUGAGGGAAACCAGGGACACAGCCAGCAGCCUGCCAGACCGCAACUGAGUGAUUUAUAGAUCCGCAGAUAAUACCGGGCCCGGAAAUCGGAAUCAAUUUCGCCGGCGAUAGCAAUCGGCAGAGGAAUAGGACCAGACAUCGGACACUAGAGCCGGACAUUCGCCAAAGGAGGCUGUAAUGACGACAAUUGACGCGAUGUAGCGCAGACUUAUGGUCGGCGAACGCGACAGGGACCGUGAGGCGGUACGCUGGGCAACGGGUGAAUUAACACCGCUUCAAACCAAUAAUGGAGUAUUACAAAUGGUCGGGCAAUUGCAAGGUGGACAGGCUGCUGGCCAGCAACAGCAACAGCAACAAGCGACUCAGCAACAGCAACUCUCAAAGCAGCAGCAGCAGCAGCAGCAACUGCAACUCAAGCAGCAGCAACAACAGCAACAGCAGCAGCAACAGGACAUCCUGUAUCAGCAACAUAACGAGGCAAUUGCAAUUGCACGCGGACUGCAGGCUGCAACACCUGCCGACAUCGGCGAUAAUCAGCCGUACUACGAUACAAGCGGUAAUGUCGAUUGGGAGCGGGCGAUGGGAACCGGUGGAGCUGGUGCAUAUGGUGGCAUCGGCAUCGGAUCUCUACCAGCAGCUGGCGGUGCUCCUUAUCACCUUGGGCCAGCUAAUCCCGCAGGCCUCGUUUCUCGUCACAUGGAUUACGCUGAUGGCGGCCACCUUGCUGGCCCAUCCGCCGGUCUUCCUGCUGGAGCUGUGGGAGCGGGAACGGGAUCGGGCUUGGUAUCGGGAGGAUCAGCCGUCGCUGGACCGGGAGCAGGAUCAGGUGCCGGAACUGGAUCCGCAGGUGGAGCAGCAGGCAAGGAAGUUCGCUACGCCCCAUUCCCAGUCGCAUCACCAACGCACUCGAUUCCCACAACCUCCCAGCAGAUCGUUGGCAGCGUCGGUGGCGGGGGCGUCGGUGGUGCCAGCAGCCAAUCGAUUUCGGGCGGUGUACCAACUCAUAGCCAGAGCAACACCACCGGCGCCCUGCAGCGGACACAUUCCAGAUCCAUGUCCUCCAUACCGCCGCCCGAGCCGUUCAUGAUAGCCCAGUCGAAGGCGGUGAACAGCCGCGUGUCCAUCAACGUGGGCGGGGUGAGGCACGAGGUCCUGUGGAGGACGCUGGAGCGGCUGCCCCACACGCGGCUCGGGCGGCUGAGGGAGUGCACCACCCACGAGGCCAUCGUGGAGCUGUGCGACGACUACUCGCUAGCGGACAACGAGUACUUCUUCGACAGACAUCCGAAGAGCUUCAGCUCCAUCCUGAACUUCUAUCGCACCGGCAAGCUGCACAUCGUCGACGAGAUGUGCGUGCUAGCGUUUAGUGAUGACCUGGAGUACUGGGGCGUCGACGAACUGUACCUGGAGUCCUGCUGCCAGCACAAGUACCACCAGCGCAAGGAGAACGUCCACGAAGAGAUGCGGAAAGAGGCCGAGUCCUUGCGGCAGCGUGACGAGGAGGAGUUCGGCGAAGGUAAAUGCGCCGAGUACCAGAAGUAUCUCUGGGAGCUGCUGGAGAAGCCCAACACUAGUUUCGCCGCCCGGGUUAUCGCAGUGAUAUCCAUACUAUUCAUAGUCCUGUCUACCAUAGCCCUGACGUUGAACACCCUACCACAACUACAACACAUUGACAACGGUACACCACAGGAUAAUCCGCAAUUGGCAAUGGUUGAGGCCGUGUGUAUCACGUGGUUCACUCUAGAGUACAUACUUAGGUUUAGCGCCUCGCCGGACAAGUGGAAGUUCUUUAAGGGCGGCCUUAACAUAAUCGAUCUAUUGGCAAUACUCCCAUACUUUGUUUCGUUAUUUCUAUUGGAAACGAAUAAGAAUGCAACGGACCAGUUCCAGGAUGUGCGUCGGGUGGUGCAGGUCUUUCGCAUCAUGCGCAUCCUGCGAAUCCUUAAGCUGGCCCGUCACUCAACGGGCCUGCAGUCGUUAGGCUUUACGCUGCGUAACUCGUAUAAGGAACUCGGUCUACUAAUGCUGUUCCUGGCCAUGGGCGUUCUCAUAUUUUCUUCGCUGGCAUAUUUUGCCGAAAAGGAUGAAAAGGAUACAAAAUUCGUUUCAAUACCGGAAACAUUUUGGUGGGCGGGUAUUACAAUGACAACUGUUGGCUACGGGGACAUCUAUCCCACAACUGCACUGGGAAAGGUUAUUGGUACUGUGUGUUGCAUAUGCGGUGUUCUGGUAAUCGCUUUGCCUAUUCCCAUCAUCGUUAACAAUUUUGCUGAAUUUUAUAAGAAUCAGAUGCGACGCGAAAAGGCCCUCAAGCGUCGCGAGGCACUCGAUCGUGCCAAGCGCGAGGGCAGCAUUGUCUCCUUCCAUCAUAUCAAUCUGAAAGAUGCCUUCGCCAAGUCCAUGGAUCUCAUCGAUGUGAUUGUCGACACAGAAAAGCGCGAGAGCCACACACGAUCACUCAAAAAUUGGCACCGUUUAACCCACGCGCUCCGCCGAUCGCCCACAGGCCACAAUCUCUCGCAAACGGACGGCAACAGCACCGAAGGCGAGUCCACCAGCGGACGCAAUCCGGCCACCACUGGCACCGGGUGCUACAAGAAUUACGACCACGUAGCCAACCUGCGUAACUCCAACCUGCAUAACCGUCGCGGAUCCAGCUCUGAGCAGGAUGCAGUGCCGCCCUACAGCUUCGACAAUCCGAAUGCUCGGCAGACAUCGAUGAUGGCCAUGGAGAGCUAUCGCCGCGAGCAACAGGCAUUGCUGCUCCAGCAGCAACAGCAACAGCAGCAGCAAACGCAGCAGCAGAUGUUGCAAAUGCAACAGAUUCAGCAAAAGGCCCCGAACGGAGGUGGAUCCGGAUCGGGAGUGGCCAAUAACCUGGCCAUGGUGGCUGCCUCCAGUGCGGCAACUGCUGUGGCCACCGCCACCAAUGCCAGUAACAACAGUAAUAUCGCCCCCGGGUCAGCUGAGGGCGCCGAGGGUGGCGAUGGGGCCGGGGUCGAUGAUGACAACCUGUCCCAGGCGAAGGGACUACCCAUCCAGAUGAUGAUCACGCCCGGGAUUUUACGGGGACGCAGUAAGGAGGAAGUGGCCGAGCUGCGUCGUCAGGUGGCUCUGGAGAACCUGCAGAACCAGCGGAUGGACAACCUGGAGCAGGACGUGCCUGUGGAAUUCGAGUGCUGUUUCUGCACAACCAAGGACUUCAAGGAGUACACGGAUGCAGAGGGUGUGAUCUCACUGCCCACUUCCGACUUCCACAAGCCGAUCUGCCUGGAGAUGCGACUGGCGGCGGCCAAUCGCCAAGCGGGAGCCUUUGGUCUCCUGUCCCCGCUGCAGCCACCUCCGCCAGCCCUUCAGGGUCCGCUUCUGGCCCUGCCCCCGCCGCCACCAUUGCCACCAACGUCCUGCUCCGCCGUCCUUCUACCCGCAAUCUCGCAGUCCUCGUCCACAUCUUCGUCAUAUGGCACCACCACAUCCACCACCAUCGCUUUGCCCCUCGAUGUGUCCAUGCGAUACGGGCCCACCAUUUGCAGUUCGUCGAACUUCAACCACAACUACAACAACAACUUCAACACCACCACAGUGGGUGGUGGGGCAAAUGGAACACUGUUGUUUGGCGGCAACUACAAUGGGAGCAACAACAACAAUGCCGAUCUGGCCAGCGUGGAUAGUUCGGAUACCUAUGCCAGCUGCCAGACCCAUCCAUUUCUCUCUCAAGGAGAUCUUACGGCCGACUUCAAUGACGAGGCCUGUGCCCUGGACAUCGAUAUGGAUAACCUGUACAUAAAUCCCCUGGAAAGGGAACAGCAUCAGGGGAUCAGCAGCUCCACGGGCUUCAUUGUGGGCCUGCCAAGUACCAAUUCUUCGGGUGCACUACGAGCCCAAGUGAAGAAGAGCGCCUCGGGGGAUACGGCUCUGAGGAAUCUCGCUGCCGGAGGUGGAGGAGCUGGUGGCAUAAGUCCUCUAGACGAUGUCUACCAGAGCUUCGAUGUCCAGGAGCGCGGCAGUCGGGUCAGCUUGAACGAGAACUCAGUGCCAAAGCAUCGAAAGACGCGGUUCCAGCAAAGCUUCACCGCCAUGCGACCAAGUGGCGCCGCCGGCGUCCUCGGGGGCAGUGUCCUGGGGGGCAUUCGGCCACGAGCUCGCUUCGAAGACACCAAGCUGGAUGACGAAACGGGUGGACGGCCGGAGAGCGGAUUGAGUGGAUCUGGCAGCCCGGGGGCCAGCGGAUCCAGCGGAUUCGGCGGUCAAGGACCCAAAAAGAAGCGCUCGGUUUUCAUGCCGGGCAAGAGCUUAGCCACUGCCACCAAACUGAUCAACCAGCAUUUGUUUGGCAUACAGAAUGUGGGCGCCAAAGCCAAGUUCGAGAGCAAGCAUUCCUCAUCGAUAGACUCGAUUGACGCCUCGCCCAAUCUGGAGCACCACCGGCGCUCCAAGUCGAUCCUGAAAAACAAGUCUGAUAUCUCACGCGUCCUGUCCGAUCCGGAGAGCGAGCGUCUUCUGGCGGACAACAUGUCCGGCUCCGGCGUCUCCGACAACGGCACCGUAAUGGGCGAAUCCGGCAGCGAUUACUCACCGAAUAAAUUACCUCAUUCAGUUUUAGCUAAGUCUAUAUCCCCACCACCCCUCAGGCACCGCACCCUAAUGCACCAGCGCUCAGGACCAGCGACCUUGCAAUCGAAGCCCACAAAGUUCCAGACGCCUCGUUAUCCCGAGGAGCAGGCGCUGCGCCAGGUGAAGCCACUCCUCUCGCGAGGAGCUCCUUCCACAUCAGUGUCCGCCUCCGCAGGAUCAGCGGAUGGCCAGCAGACCAGGGACAGCAGUCUGGAUUCGGAGACGACCUUCACAUCGCCCGUGAGCACUCGAGCUGGUGAGGAUCCACCGACUGCAGCCCCCAGCCAAGUGCCAGUAGGUUCUGGUCAGGACGAUCGAGAAGAGGAGGGCGAGGCAGAGGCCAAUGACGAGCAGAGGGCUCUUCUCCAAGGACCCGACGCCGAGGAGGCGAAGAGGACAGGGAACGAGGGCACGUAGCAAUUAGGGACCCACACACAAACAGACACCCAGAAAAUGUAAAAAAAAAAUAUAAGAAAACCUAUUCCAAGGGAAAACCCCACACAAUACACAAACACACAUACACUCACAGAAAGCAUACAAAGGGAAAACUCAAAGUGAUAGCAAAGUUAGCAAACAUGGAAUGUGAAUUAUAUAAAAGCAAUGAACAGUAUCCUAGUGUAGAGAUGGUGGGACGGUCCCUGGCAGGUCCCCGAAAUUCGAUCUGUGUAUUUUUACAAAAUAGAGAGAAAAUAUGGAAAAAUGGAAAAAUGGAAAACAAAUGUGGUAGAGCCAACCGAACUGCAAUGGAAAUGUUGCGGAGCCGCGCAAGUCGUACAAAACAGCAUAACAUAAAUAUUAUUAAUAAUAAUAAUUAUUAUUAUUAAUAUGAUACUCUAAACGUAAUGCUACAGUGUAAAUAGCAGAGCCCAAUCCACUCGUGUACAGAGCAACCUUUAUUUACCGCCUUCAGGACACUAACAGCUAACAGAAAAUAUAUAGAAGAAAUCACCAGAAAAGCCUAAAUAGCAACAAAUGAAACGGAAAUAUUCAUAUUUUGAAUGCAACUUAUAAAUAUAUACAAUAUAUAGAAUAUACACGCAUCGCAAUUGCAGCUCGCAUAUUUACACAUUAUAUAUAUACAAAACUAAGCGAUACAUAUAUAGCUCGAACUAUUUUUCAAAACCGCGCUCGAAAACCCCGCAGAUCGGAGGCUUUUGGAGAAGUUAUAGACGCAUGGCCAUGCAUAUAUCUGUAUGUAUAUCGUUCGUUCGCGUAUCGUUCAAAUUCAUAAUCGAAGUCGAAAAGUAGUUGAAAAUCGUUGGGAAACCAGUUCGUUUCUAUAUCUAUAAGUACAUGUGCGUGUGUGUAGGGCUUAGGGCUUAUCGAUAGAGCUUGGCUUGGCUUAAUCCCCCGAUAUAAUCUGAUUUGCCACUUACUAUAUAGUAGAGAUUGCAGUUGGUUGGGUAAAUGCAAUAUAUAUAUAUAUGUAUAUUGAUCGGAUGUAGAUGUUGUUAUUGAUUAUGCGGCUAGGACAAUGCCUUUCGAGAUUACUAAAUGUUGUCAGUGAAAUCUCUAGAGAUUCGUAUGGCAAAGCCCUAGAGAUUUCAGUGUUUAACAGAUCUUAGAAUUGCAUUGCUUCUGCCCAUAUACUGUUAGUUAGUUAUGAAGCGUGUGUAUGUGUGUUAUGUACGUUAGUUAGUUCAGUUAGUUAGAUCUACCCUAGGCAGUUGACUCGAUGUUUAGUUCCCUAGUUCUCCGUUCUCCGAAUACGUAAGCAAUAAAAUUGAAAAUCUUCGCCUAGGGGAUUUUCCUCUGAUAUCGAGGAGCGUGUUUUUAGUCAAUUAUUGCAACCCAAGUUGUUUGUCCACAUUCCAUUCUGUGUAUGCGUGCGAGAGUGUUUUGGUUUCUAAGUGUUAUAGUAUACCGAUAUCGAAGGUUUCCAUAGCCUCGGUUCCAUCGGUUGUCCCAAUCGAUCUGUCCAACUGGCUUGGGUUUUGUCCUGUUUAGUUGCCUCUGCUCGGCCAGCGAUGAGCCAGGAUGCGAGUUAGCCUCUUAGAAACAUAUCAGUAAAGGGAAUACGAACUCACUCACUCACUCACACAGUCAACACCUCUCACAGAUACACACAACCACACGACCACACGCCCACACCCACAAGCAUCACACUGUAAGAAAAACACACAAAUUUUAUUACGAGACGAUAAUAAAAUGUCUCAUCGUCCGCUUUUCGAAUUGAUAAGAACACAAGCAUUGACACAAACAGAACUAAACCAAAAAACAAAAAGAAGGAAAAACACAGCAAAACACUAUUCGAUAACUAAUGUUAAAGCCAAGAACUCGAAGUAAUAUAGUUAAACAUUUUUAGAAAUAUGUGUACGUAUUAACAAAUGCUUGAGGCAUCCAAAAAUUUUGUAAGCAAUUCAUUUAGGAUUAUCUACACGGUUUUUUGGUGAGCACCGGCCACAUUCCGCCACUGCAUAAUUUUAAUAGUAACUUUUGUAAAUAUUUAUUUCAUAUACAAGCCCCCUAAAUCCAGUUUCAGUUUAUAUAAUAUUGUUAUUAUUUUUUUCAAAAACAUUUACGCCAGCAGCAAACGAAUUGAACUUGAAAUAAAAAUAAAUGAGAUAUAUUAAGUAAAUGACGGGCAGAGCAAAUACACGUGCAAAAGCAAGAUGUUAUUAAUAUUUAAAUUAUUUACCUAACGAUACAUACAUUUUAAUGUAGUCUGAUGACGACGACGAUUGUAAAUCAGCUAAAUUGAAAACCAGAGCGUAUUAAAGCGUAUUUAAAUCUAUAUGAGCGAAAAGUCAUGAAAAUAUAUAAAUCAUUGAGUAACA